AUGCGAAUGAUGCCAGUAGUUGCGGGUAAUAUGAGAGAAACUUCAAAAGAGUACAACUUACUUGGAUAUAAAAUACCUAAACAGACUUAUGUGACAUUCGCACAUCAGUAUACUUCUAUGAUGGACUCUCAUUACCCAAGACCACGCGAGUACAUUCCGGAGCGAUGGACAGUUGAUAAAGACGAUCCCUUAUACCACGGCAAUGCUCAUCCGUUUGCCUUUAGUCCUUUUGGAUUUGGAACUCGAAGCUGUGUAGGGCGUCGCAUAGCUGAGUUAGAGUUGGAAGCGUUCGUUGCUCGCGUUGUUCAGAACUUUCACAUAGAGUGGUUUGGAAAACAACUUAAACAAUAUCAAAGCGCUUUGAAUUAUGUAAAAGGUCCUUUUAAUUUUACCUUUAAAGACGUUUGA